AUGCUGGUUCUGAAAUCCGCAGACACUCAACAGUCUGCUCGAACAGACGACGCCAAUGAACAUCCAGACUUACAAAUCUUAGACAAGUUGUGUGGCCAGGCAUUGGAGCAUUUCUCCAUCAAUACCGAUUUACUUACUAGCUGGCAACUGGAACUUAGCGAUAGUGCAUGUCAUAAUGAGCUCUUGGCUAGCGUCAUCUACCAGGAGGUGAUAUUACAGUUUCCCCAGACUCCACUAUACUUCGAGCGAACACACCGGGAUGGACUUGUUUCGUGCUUAAAAGACCUCAAUUCGCUUGAUGUCAAUGUCUACUUUGAUUUCCACAUGAUAGUGUACGAAUUGAUCUACCAGGCGGUUACUACACCUUACUCGGCGAAGAUCCAACUCCAGCGCCUUCGGAUUGUCCCGGCUCUCGUGGAUGACUUAAUCUCCUACUUGGAGAAGCUAACAGGGAAAAUUACCUUCCAUGAAGGUAAGGUUGCUCGCUCUAAAAUCAAAUUGCUCAAAUCUUUUCUUGAAUUGGGUUGCGAGGUGAAACAGAUGAAGAGGCUUGUGAAUCCGUUGUUCAGCAAGGCGUCGAGGGUUCCUGAACCUGUGAAGCUGCUCUAUCUUGACUUGUUGAUCUCAUCUCUCGAGCUUUAUCUGUCGCAUUUCACGUUCUUGGUCUUCAACAGUUUCAUUGGCAAAACAUUAGCUAUUCCUUUCUCCAACGACUUUGCGUUGCUGAAAUGCCUUACGUUAACCAGCUGGUUCAAGAUUAAUAGCGUGUCGCAGGCCACAAAUGAUGACGACGACAUCUCGGUGGUAUCAUUGUUUCUGCUUGCAAAUGCGUCCAAUAGUGACUCUACAGUUCUCAAGCUCCAGGUGAUCAAUUUCAACCAGUUUAUGGUAGAAAUUCACAACAAGUCGACCGGCUCGAGAAUUCAGUUCACAUUCAACCAGAUUCUCCAGAAAACUGCAACAAACCAGGGGUAUACGCAUGUUUCCUUGACUUACGACACAUACCAAAACCUCAAUCUAUAUAUCGAUGGAGAAUAUAGCGAGUCCAUUCCAUGUCCACAGCUUUCCAAAAGUUUCAGCUCAUGGAACAAAAUCUACAUUGGCCAGCCACUUGAUGAAGAGUUCACACCCCAUGCUUUCAAUAGGGUGGAAUUACUUAUCAAGGACCUCAACGUACUCAGUGUUGCUUUGCCAUACGAAUGGGUCAACUUGCUAUAUUUGCUUGGAAUUGGGUUUGAUUGGAGUCAUAAGGAGUUCUCGGAUGAAAAUAUUGCCAACUUUGUGUCGAGUUUAAGUCCAAAGAAACUUGUAAAGUUUGGCUUUUGCUGCAAGGAGAUUCUCGAUGUUAAAAAGCAAUCUCGAACAACUGGCUCGAAACACAGACUUCAUACCCAUCUCUCGAGUAUCCGGAGUCUGUCAACAUCUAAGGCUGAUAUUGCUGACAAGAAAACAAUGGUCGCUUUGCUUCGCAAGACCAAAAUCUCAAAGACAAGUUUUCUUUUUGAAAGCAACGAGCCGGGAUUUGUUGGACACAUCGAGAGACCCCAAAAUUACGAUAUCAUAGUUCACGAGUCCAACCCAAUGCACGGCUCGAUCUUUUGUUUGGGGGGAGCCAAAUUGCUCUUAACCUUGAUAGAAGUGGUGACGAAAGAUCAAUACGAGGACGAAACAAGUCGUGACAGACUUUUCAUCAGAAGCAUAGAGCUCUUAUUACAAUGUUUGCUUAACAGCUGGAGGAUUAACAAGGAAUUUGAUAAUAUAGACGGGUAUUGCAUUCUUGCUCUCUUGAUUAAAUUCUACAAAGACAAUUACAAUCCAACUCUUACUUUUGACAGUGACAGCCUGUGGAGCUCACUGUUGUCAAGCAGCGCAGAUACCUCUGUUACUAGUUUCACAGGUCAGAAGAGCCUUCUCAAUCUCUUCUUGGACUUUGCAGGUUGUCCUCCAGCAAACAUUUAUAACUCAGCGAUUCACAACUCGCAUGCUUAUAGAUACUUGGUGUUGAACUUUGACAUAAACUCUGGCACUCCAGAUUUUGCAGUACAACAAAAACAGUUACAGCUGAUCAUGAAGGAAGGUCGAUACCAUGCAUACAACGUCAAAGAGCUAACCAAAAUGAAGCUUUUAAAACGUUUGAUCCAGUUCAUCAAGUUCCAAUUUCUUGAUGACCAAUUUCUUGAUGGCACCCUGGAAGAGAAAGAUUUCGCUGAGGUUUGUUCAACUUUAACAUCAUGGGUUCGGGCGGAUAUCUCUGUGGAUACGAUCAGAACUGUUUCUCACUUCAUAAUUUUUGCAUUGUAUGGAUCUCCGAAUAAUGUUCUUGCUACACGUGUCGGCUUAGAAGCUCUCCAGUCAUUGACAGACGAGCUCUGCGAUCCAAAUUCAUCCAUGAAAUCGCUAAAAAAAUUCUCUCGAUCCAUAACUAUUCACUGGAUUUUAUUGCUCUUAAGCUAUCGCUCCAAAAAUGAAGUUGAAGCCAAACGUGUGGUUUGUUACGGAAUCAUGCUUUUGGUUAAGCUCUUAAGAGUUUUGGGAUCUCAUAUCAUCAAGAGAUUUUUCAGAGCCAACAAGGGUCUUGAUGUACUUACGAGUUUCAUGCAACAUUGGUGGAAUAUUGACGAAAUGAACAGCCUACUUUUCCUUGCCUCUUUUGGAGCCGAGAUAUCAACUUCAGAAAUAGGAGAGUACUCCUUGCCAAAGUUGGUAAGAGACAAGAAGAUUACACAAAGUGUCAACAAACUUCCAAUGCCCGACUUCAUACUCUUGUUAAACAACAUGGCUCUCACGGGUAUGUAUAAGUUGAGUCUGAAACACGGCAGAAUUUUAAGCGUUCCAAGCUCUCCAGUAAGACCAAGGGAUGGAAAGCUGCCAGAAGACGAAAUAUUCGAGAUAUCUUUUGAUGUGCUCCAUUUGAUUAACCAAUACUCUGAUGUUAUAGAAAUUGGAUAUGCAGAUUCGCAGGCACUUCAGCAAGUUUUCACAAGCAAGGAAUGGCUAGAGGGCUCAGUUGAGCUAUUAGGAUAUUUGAAGUUGUCAUUGACUUGGUCGAGCUCGCAGUUUAUCAAAAACUUCGAAAAGUGUUCAGAGAAAUACGUUUCCGUAUUGAGUGCGGUUUUCAUUUCCAAAUUGAUGAAUAUCAAGCAUCUUUUUUCGAUUCUUGAUUCUUUGAAUGAGAUCACCACCCGAAUAGUGUUGGAUUCGAUAUUCCCCAGUAUUUUCAGACAUAUCAACCAGUUUGUUGAAAGUUCCAACUUCAUCUUCAAAGAGAAAGAAUUUCUUAAUGGCACAAUUGAAUUGCUCAACUAUUAUAAUAGAGAGUUCCUAUUGCAAAACUACUAUGUGAAUGCAGAUGACUUGAACUCCUUCAUCACCUGCAUUGUCUUUGCUAUGGAGACAUGUAUUUCUAGUUCCAAUAACAAAAAGGGAGUGCUGGAACUUUCCAAUGUGUUAGGAAAUGCAAUCGUGCUCAAACUUUCAAGCAUAACUUACCCCAAUGGUCAAGAUGCUGAUUAUGAUCCUCUUCUGGACGCUGAAUUUGCCGGAGAACUUGAUGAAAACGUCAAGUUUCUCAUGUACAAGCAAGCUGUGAUUUUGCAAAGUGAGCUGUUGUCAGACAUGUAUUUGAGGCAAAUUAUUGAACUACUCAUGGGCAAUUUCUUGAAAUUGAGUAUUGAUAACCAGUUGGAAAUUGCUGAACAUCUUCUCAACUUCUUAAGAACAGCAUAUAUGAUGCGCCAAAAGUCGUUUGCGAGUAUCGUUGAGAUGUUGACAACUCUUUCAGAUUACCAAAACUCCGGCGACAUUUUGUUCAGUUUCUUUGAGAAUUUAACAACGCACAACGACGAGGAAACAAUCAAGCAGUUGCAGAAAUUCCCUACCAUCAGACACAUUUUCCUUAAGAACUAUCACUUCAGGAUAAGCAAAUUGAAGGAUGUGGGAACUGUCAAGGCUAUGGAUAUGAUUUCUGUCAUGUUAAAUAACGGGGGUAGCCUUGGGUAUAUGGAUAACAUAUACAUCAAGAGUUUUGAGAAGGACUGCCAUCGCCUCAGAAUUUCAACUGUCAAUGCCGAAUUGACCAAGUACAACCGCGAGCUACAAGAUGAACAGGAAAGCUAUGCUUUCUUUCUUAAUGCCUUUGACUCAUUGAGAAUGGAAAUCAUCAGAAUCUGGACAGAUUCUUCUACUCAACAGAGUGAUUACAUUUUGGACUACAUUGAGGGCGUUGACAGAAUGAGAAAGCUAUUAGUGGUUGAGGACCAGUUGGCAGAAUCUGAACGUUUGUCAUACAACGUCAAAGUUCCUAUUAAGCAGGUUGAAGGCAUGCAAUCGACCACCUCCGAUUUCGAAGACUACAGCUUUGCAUUUGCAUAUUCCGGCAUCAACACAUUGAGUUUGUCCGAAAACCCCUUAUUAGGGUCAGAAGUUGAGGACUAUGAGGAAAUUGACGAGAAUUUAGAAGGAGAAAACGAAAGUUCUGGUGGUGCAGUUGAAGACAGAAAUCGAAAGGUUCUUCGAAGCUUGUAUAUGGGAGAUCAGAUACAAACGUUAUGGAAUGUGUCAAGGAUCAAUGGCCUUGAUGCCGUGGAGAGUCUCAUGAUAUUGGGAUUCAGUCACCUCUACUUGACUGAAAAUUUCUUUCUCUGCCCAGAUGGCAAUGUGGUGGAGGUGCACGAGGCUCCAAUCGAAUCUAGAGAUCCAUAUUUGCAAUUGAUCAAGUCACAGUCCCCUCGCUCUGCAGUACUGAAGACACAUCGUACUAAGAGCUGGAGUUUGGACACUUUGAGCUCCAUCUCAAAACGAAAGUUCUUGUUGAGAGACUGUGCCGUCGAGAUGUUUUUCAGUAAUGGUGCAAGCAUACUUAUCACUUGCUUAUCAACAAAGCAGAGAGAUGUGGUAUACACCAAACUUUCUCCCUAUGCAAAGGGGAAAGGGUUGGAUAAGGAUCUUGCUUUGACGCUUGAAAUGUCGUCUAAUACUCUGCAACAUCAAAAUAGUUCGACUACAUCCUCUUUUUUCGGAACACGGAUUGCCUCUGCAUUUUCAAGCAGUUUUAACUCAUCACCAGCUUUUCUUGCUGCUACCAAGAAGUGGAGAAUAGGCGAAAUGUCGAAUUUCUACUAUUUGAUGACGUUGAACACUUUAGCAGGAAGGACAUUCAAUGAUCUCACACAGUAUCCUGUUUUCCCGUGGGUUAUCGCUGAUUAUGACAGUGAGACGCUUGAUCUUUCAGAUCCUGCAACAUUCCGAGAUCUUUCCAAGCCUAUGGGAGCUCAGACGCCUAACAGGGCCCGCCAAUUUGAAGAACGAUACGAUGCCUUGGAAAGUCUAGGCGAUGAAAAUGCCCCGCCAUUUCACUAUGGAACCCACUACUCGUCUGCAAUGAUUGUGGCCUCAUACUUGAUCCGCUUGAAGCCAUAUGUCCAGUCAUAUCUUUUAUUGCAAGGUGGAAAGUUUGACCAUGCUGACCGGUUGUUUAAUUCCGUUGGGAAAGCAUGGCUGUCAUCAUCAAGAGACAACACUACUGAUAUUCGAGAAUUGAUUCCCGAAUUCUUCUACCUCCCUGAGUUUUUGGUUAACCUGAACAAUUUCGAGUUCGGUAAGCUUCAAAGCGGAGAGUCAACGAACGAUGUUGAUCUUCCCAAAUGGGCCAAGGGCGACCCAAAAAUUUUUAUCGCAAAGAACAGAGAAGCAUUGGAGAGUCCUUAUGUGUCAGCAAACUUGCACAAGUGGAUCGACUUGAUCUUCGGAUAUAAACAGAGUGGUCCCGAGGCAGUUAAGGCACUCAAUGUCUUCCACCACCUGUCAUACGAAGGUGCCAUUAAUCUCGACAAUAUAAAAGAUGAUGUGGAGAAGCGUGCGGUGAUUGGAAUGAUCAAUAAUUUUGGACAGACUCCAAUGCGAUUGUUCAGCAAGUCUCAUCCUUCACGGGAGAUAUUGAAUCUUCCUGGCAACUAUAUGGCAAUGUUCGAUGUGCAGAAGCACCCACCUCAGCAGACAUUUGAAUCCAAAUUAAAUCUUCCUAUCGAAAAACUUGAGAUCAGUUCUAAGUCUAAGAACAGGAUAGGUCGCCCCGCAUGUGCAUCUUCAGAAGACGAACUUUUGAUCCGCAAACCAUCCCAUUAUCAGUCAAAGAUCAGGUGUGGGUCACUAGUGAUCAACACGACGCUCUUCAUGAACUUGCACUCAGCAGACAUCACCAGUUUGCUACAAAUUGGCAAUAAACAACUCGUUACAGGUUCAUCUGAGGGUGUGAUUCAUGUUUGGCAAUGUAUCAUGAAACCUGUGUUGAUGGUAUCCAACCAGCAUAUUCUACGUGGGCACUUUGCUGAGAUCAAAUCUUUUGCCUACUGUAAGACCUUCAAGGUGUGUUUGAGUGUGGAUACGGAUGGGGUAAUAAUCCUCUGGGACUUCACUCGCUUCAGUUUCGUGCGCAAGAUUGCUCAGCCCAAUGCCACCGAAAGGGCCAAGGUGUUGGUGACUAUUUCAAAUGACACAGGAAACAUCUACACGGUCUACAGCACCAAAUAUGCGAACACUGUUCGGGUUUUCACGAUCAACGGGGAGAAAAUCCUCGAGUCAAAGCUCGCACCAGGACAAAUUUCUGCCAUUGCCGUUUCUUGCUUGAACGAUACACUUGUGGAAUCGCCCAACAACAAUUUUAUCCAUUCAUAUUGGGCAAAUGAAAUCUUGGUGGUAAGUACUAGUGCUCCACACAGGAGCCUCCACAUCUACCAACUUAGUGCAAGUGAACAAUGGGAGCUACAGCUUUUACAAACAGUAAAACUCGACAUAGAGGGUCAAGUCACAUGCAUGCAAUCAUCCAAGCACAUUGUGGUGGACCACGACGAAAAGCUUGCACGCGGCCAUCUCAGUGUUGUUUUCGGCAAUUCCGACGGAAAGGUGUACGCACUCUAA